CAUGGCCUUCUCAUCGAAGUUCAGUUACAGUCAGACGAUGGCGGCGAAUGUACGUAGUCCAGCUGCUGUUUCUCCUGACUAUUCUUUUGCACUGAUGAGGAAUCAUAUAUUUCUGUCUCUAUGAGACUAGCUUCUCGUGAACUCGGGGUCAGACCGGUCUCCAUCCCACAACUAGACGACUUAUUUCAUGUUUCACCAUUCUGUAUUCACUCGUCUGUGGCAGUCGUGAGCGCUGUAAGAUGAGAAGUGUUCAAGCCUAACUCAUCAGUGGAUUCAAGCUCCUUCAAGACGGAAAUUGAGGUGCUGCCCUGUUCGGGGCGUAGAGAUGAGUCGCCCUCAGUCACGUGUGCAGUGAUAGAAGAAAGUCUGUCCCUCAUACCGAGCAGAGUAAGACACGAGUGUCCAGCCCACCAGCCUUGACAACCAGACAUCGCUACUUCUGACCGCUGAUGUUUCUCAGACAUUAGUGUUGGAUGCCUAUUGCCUUUCUUUACCCCUGAUGUCCAGAGUUUUGCGCGCCAUCAAGAAAAAAUUUACAAAAGGGGGACGACAAGAGAAAAGUAAAUCUCGCAUGGAUGGCAUGAGCACUCAGUCCACUACCUCGGGCCACCUCACGACAGAUGAACCGUCGGCUCGUCUAGACUCUGACCGACAUUUGUCUGGCGGAGACUCUGGGUGUUUUGAUAUCGGGGAUCGAGAUAGUCAGCCUUUCCAGCAGGAGGAUCAGUCUCACCGAUCCGUAAGCACUAGUUUUGGGUGUGAAAAGGUAUCGCUGGUGUACAACGAGUCCACUCUGUCUCCAAGUGCUAGUGUCCUGUAUUCCAGAACUUAUAGCUCGAAUACCAGUUACACAACCUCACAAAGGUCGGAAACACAGAAAGAGCCACCCCAAUAGUCAGACAGACUUACUUCGUCCGUAUGCCGGUCUCGUCUCGCCACAGGCUGCAAAGAUGUCUUGCCCCGUGCUAAGUUCUCUCGAUCCUCAGACGUCUGCACGGCAGUCUGACUUGAGUAUAUCGGAAAUGUUUCCGGAAUCAGCUUUGAACACUCCUAUUGGAGCUCUGCGAAGAAGUCGAGAGCGCAUGGCACUAUGGCUGAACAUUGAGCAGAUAGCAGUGGAUGGCAACUUAACCCCAGACUACAUGGGCCUUGCCGAGCUCCUGGGCUUCGAAGCCAUUGAGAUUCAGAAUUUUUAUGAAAAAAAUCCUACUCACGAUCUCUUCAUAAAAUGGGGACGGGCACCCGAAAAGCAGCCGUUCUUGUGGAAACUUCUGGAGUGUCUGGAGAAGUUAGGCAGGCAGGAUGUUCUACAGGAAUGCCAGGGACUGAUAUUGGAAGAUGUAACGAACCACAUUGCAGAACUAUUCAACUGCUGGAGCACUACACAGUGGCGCGGUUGUCGAAUUUCGACUGCUACGUCAACAUCGCCGAUGAAGACCUGAUGACCAUCGGGCGCGAUAUCAUCGACACCCUAGAGGGCGUCUACGGCUUGCGGCUGUGCCUCACACUAAGGGACGUCACUCUCGGUGGCUUCGAGUUCGAGAAUAUGGCCACUAUGCUGGAGACAAGGUGUAACAGUAAAGUACUCAUCAUACUGAGCAAAUACUAUGAACAGUCGGACGCCUGCCAGUUCCUCACUCAGUUUGCUGUCACCCUGGAUCCAGGUGCCAGGAGGAACAAGCUGAUACCUGUUCUGGUGGACGAAAAUGUCUCCAUACCCCGCGUUCUCAGGUGCUGGCAAUGCUCAACUACCACCGCGACCUCCGACUGGGAUUCCUCUGGCCUCGACUGCAUGCGGCAAUCCGGCAGUGACGUCAUGUCAGACUCCCCAUCGGUUGGGUCCUCUCCCGCACCACGUCACCGCCUGCUUUUAUCUUGUUACCUUUGUGUGACGUUUUUUGGGAAACAGUUUUUGAUUCGUCGCCAUGGAGCCCCUGACCUUUACCUAGGGGAACGUUAUACAUGGCACGUGACAUCUGCUUUACCGCACGCUGCACGUGACUGAGCUCCAUCAGCGUGGCUUGUUUGCUGCAAAAACUUAUCAACGAGGAAACAGGAAACACAAUCAGGAAAACAAUUGACCACAGCGACAAGAAACAACAGGACGUGGUGCAGGCACAUCUCAUGGUCAUCGGAACUUAAGAUGAUCGGACAAGGAACAAAAACACAUAUAGAAGAAGAAACAGACAAACUUCAAAUGAAAAGAAUGAAGUAAGAUCCUGAGCAAUUCACGACAUGAAGGACGUGAUAGUCGUGAUGAUCGCUCAGAGCUUUGUGAUAAACUGCACAUCAUACUGAAGUCGUCUUGUCUUCUAUCCAUACCCAUCGUUGCUGAUGUGUGUCUUAACGAAGAUUUUCCUUGACAUGUCUCACGGACAAAUUGCUUCUGAGUAUUCAAACUUUCGAAUUAUAUAUGGUGUCCUCAGUAACACAGCUGGUGACACACUCUGUUCCUGUACACCACACCUACUAAGCCCCGAACACUCUUUCCUAUUCACUGCUGAGUGCAUCCGUGUUUAGCUAACAGUGGGUGCGACUGGUACGACUUUCAUAGACAAGAUUGUUCGAAUCAAGAUGUACCAUUAACUCAGAUCCGGGUCUCACCGGAAAUAGAAACCUUUGAUGUAGACCUAUUUCUUCUGAGAACUGAGGGAGGGCACUACUCUGAAAAGGAUGCGUUGUGCCAAAGGUUCCAGUAUUUCGUCAAGGGUUGUAAUGAUGUCCUCGGAAACGAGGUGCGCCCUCUGUUCUCACGCGAGCGAGAGCUUUGAUGUAUUAUGUCAAGGGCAAGCAAGUAUUAGACAAAGUGUGCAUCAAAGUGUGAUUGGUCAGCAUGUCUCACUGAUUGUACACUUUGACGGUGUGACAGUAAUAAUGAAAUCUUCUUUGGUGUCAAUGUGUGAGAGAGAAAGUGUGUGUGGUGUGCGUAUGCGAUUGUGUGUAUGUGUGUGUUUGUAUGUGUGUGUGUGUGUGGUUUUGACGUUUAUGACCAGGAGGGCUUACAGUUAUGACACACUUAUGAAGCAUUUCCACACAUUUGAAAUCACUAUUUGACAGGUCAUUGUGGUGUUGUAUGCAAGACAUGAUUCAUUAAGAGAAGACUUCAUGUUUGUUUAUAAAAGUAUUCUUUCCGUUACAGCUAAGUCUGAAAAGUCAAUAUCCAGGAAAUAGGCGUCGACUUUUUAAAACUAUUUUACUAUUUUUUCUUUCACUUGGGAUAUUCGGAUACGACACAGGAAGAAAUGAUCAACUGAAGUUGGAAAUCAAAUGGGCUAAUUAUAACUUUACGGGAAAACUUUUAUUGGUCAAAUAGGAAAAACGUACGUUUGUGUAAUCUUUCUCUAGGCCAACCUGAGUUCAUGGUCGCAUUUUCUUUCCGUAAACAGUUCCUAAGGUUUAAUGUACGGAAAAGAAGAUAUCGAUACACAGGAGUCAGAACAUAAGAACUGCACGAAUAUAAAAGUAAAAAGUAUUCUUUACUUUCUUCGAGCCUCGGCCAUGUGUUUCGGCGCAAAAGGUCGGCAUACUUCACCAUAAAUGACUGUUAUCUCUCUCUUACACAUAAUGAGAUAGAGAAAAAGAUAUGAUGAAGCGGAUGAGCAAGGACUUCCGACUUCCAAUCUCAGCAGAUGGGUUGUUACAGUCACGAUGUUGGCUCGUGGUGUGAUGAUUAGACCGCUCAACACACUCUCGCCAACUGAUGAAAACCGGGUAAAGUGACAAAAGUAAUCGCUGGCGAAAAAAUACCCAUGUUUUUGAAAAGGUAGACUGGAAGGUCGGUCUGAAUCUUUGCUCAAUAUGACAAACAUUUCAUGAGCUAUAAAAUAGUGAAAAAAUGUCUUACAA